AGCUUGGCGCUCGACGAAACAUCGAAUUCAACACGACAGAGCAGCACCACGACACACCCGCCAUGCUGUUCCCGUCUUUCGCCAUUCUCGCUGCGGCGAGCAGCCUGCUGUCAUUUGCGACGGCGCACAACAUCCAAAUGAAGGCCCACCAGCGCGAAUGCUUCCACGAAUCCCUCCACAAGGACGACAAGAUGACAGUCACGUUCCAGGUCGGCGACCGGGAAUUUGGGGGCAGCGGAAAUCUGGAGAUUGAUUUCUGGAUCGAGACGCCCUCUCGAAGCUACCAGGUCCACGAACGCGGCGUAUCCUCCGGCGACCACUCCUUCGACGCCAAAGAAGACGGCAAAUAUACAUACUGCUUCAACAACGAGCACUGGGGCGCGAACACGAAGGAGGUCUCGUUCAACGUGCACGGCAUUGUCUACGUCCCUGAAUCGGAAGCCCCCCAAGAUCCAUUGGAGAAGGAGGUGCGAACAAUGUCGGAACUUGUCUCCCAGGUCAAGGACGAGCAGAGCUACAUCAUCGUGCGCGAGCGAGUGCACAGGAAUACUGCCGAGAGCACCAACGCGCGCAUCAAGUGGUGGAGCAUCUUCCAGUUGAUGGUACUCAUUGGCCAGGGUUUCUUCCAGGUGUGGUGGCUCAAACGGUUCUUCGAGGUCAAGCGUGUUGUUUAGCUUCCCUUGAUCUCUCUCUCACGAGCUGCAUGCGGCGCAACAUCUCCUGUUUUCGUCGCUAGUCUACGCACUUUGUCUCGAUUCUUCUGGCGUUGGAAGCGUGUGUUUAGCAGAAUGAGCACUGGAAAAGGCGGGAGUAUGGCGGAUUACUUUAUAUGACUCAUCAGCGAGAUCUGGGUAAGAUUACGUUUUCAUAUGCAGAGUUCAUCCAGUUCGCUCUAUGUUCUACGGGUCUGCUUCUGCCUACAAAGCUUGGCACGGAUUGACCCGACUAAAAACUGCUUUGGGUCAGCUGAUUCGAAGACAGCCUGGCACCUUGAGAAGAAGAUCAUUUUAGUGGUUGAUGAAGACAGGUUCCAUGAAUGUUAGUGCGGUUAGCCUACCUCAGCGCAUUCAUGAAUCAGUCACCAACUUUGCUUCCAUUUGCGGCAUUUCUAUAUAAAAGUGUUCCUAUAUCACUCCAAGUUGAGAGACUUCUGUCUCUACCUCGAUAUUCUCA